AUGUCGACCAAGAAGGACGAGAAGAGCACCGACAAGAAGGUCAUGGCCGCGAUGGACGAGAUGAAAGCGGUCGUCGCCGCCGUGAGCGAGGGAUCCGUCGCCGACGUCGUCGCGGCCGCGAAAAAGUUUCGCGACGAGACGGGCGCGUCCGUCGCGUCGCUGCGCGACGCGCGCGGCCGCACGCCGUUGCACCUCGCCGCGCAGCGCGGCGACGCGGAUAUCCUGAUCGCCCUCGUGAAGGAGUGCGCCGUCCCCGUGGACGCGGAGGACAAGGACGGGAACACGCCGCUCAUGGCGGCGGCGGACUACGCCAAGCCAGACGCGGUGCGGACGCUGAUCGAGCUCGGCGCGGACCGCGCGAAGGCCAAGUCCGACGGCGUCACGGCGAUGCACCGCGCCGCCGCGAGCGCGUUCGCGGAGGGGGCGGUCACGAGCGCGAACUCGAUCAACGCGGCGGCGUGCGUGGAGACGCUCGCGAAGGACGCGAAGGACGACCGAUUCGUCGACGCGAAGUGCGCGUCCGGGAACACGCCGUUUCUCCUCGCGUGCUCUCGCGGCGCCGAGGCGAAUAUCGUCAGACUGAAAGCCCUCGGCGCGAACGCGUCGGCGACGAACGACGCCGGCGUCGGCGCCGCCUCGCUCGCGACCGCGUCGGGCGUCCCCGGCGCGCUCCGCGCGGCGCUCGCGGCGGGCGCGCCGACGCACCUCAGGCGCGUUCUAUCUCGCACUGGUCCCCAUACGACCGCGUCGGCGUGGUGA